AUGGCAAGGGACAGAUAUAGGAACCAACCAUUUGAUGAUUUGAAAUUGAGACUUAUUGUAGACAGGACAAAGGAUGGAAGGAUAUACAAUGUUCCUAAUGUUUCAGAAGUUGCAGCCCUUAUUGUUGGAGAUGUUGAUACUGCUUCAGGUAGAGACAUCAUAAUGGAAAAGCAAUCCGGCAAAUUACAAAGAAUAAAUGAAUUGCACACAAGCUACCUAGGGUUUCAAUAUCCUUUACUAUUUCCAUAUGGGGAAGAUGGAUAUAGACAUGAUGUCAAUCAUCGUGAUAGACCAGGAAUCAACCAGAAAAGAAAUAGAUUGACAAUUAGGGAGUGGUUUUGUUUCAGGUUGCAAACAAGACACUCAGAAGCAUUAACUUUGGUUACAUCUAGACGACUUUUUCAACAAUUCAUUGUUGAUGGAUAUACAAUGAUGGAAUCCGAAAGAUUGUCGUUCAUUAAAUAUAAUCAAUCUAAGUUAAGGGUUGAUAAAUAUAAUAACAUCUGUCAAGCCUCAGGUAGUUCAAAAAGCCAAGGAUCACAACAAGGAAAGAGGGUUGUUCUUCCUUCAUCUUUUAUUGGUAGCAGAAGAUUUAUGGACCAACUGUAUUUUGAUGGAAUGACAAUUUGUAGUUAUAUGGGAUUUCCAGAUCUCUUCAUAACUUUCACAUGCAAUCCUAAAUGGCCAGAAAUUACUAGAGCAUUGAAAAAGUUAAAGUUAUCCUCAACCGAUCGUCCUGAUAUAGUUUCAAGGGUCUUCAAGAUUAAAUUCGAACAACUUCUCAUAGAUCUAACCAAAAAUCAUUUAUUGGGCCGAACUAUUGCAUUCAUGUAUAUUAUAGAAUUUCAAAAGCGCGGCCUACCUCAUGCACACUUGCUCAUCUUUUUGCAUCCGAGCAGUAAAUACCUAACUCCUGAUGAUAUUGACAAAAUCAUUUCUACUGAAAUCCCGUGUCCAAUUACAUGUUCUGAACUACAUCAAUGUGUUCUAGAUCACAUGAUACACGGUCCUUGUGGUACUAUAAACAAAUCCUUGCCUUGCAUGAAAAAUGGAAAAUGCUCGCGCCUAUAUCCAAAAAACUUUCAGAACACCACCAGUGUAUCAGAAGAUGGAUAUCCACAUUAUCGUAAAAGGAACGAUUCAUUAACUGUGACAAAGAAUGGUGUUUUCCUUGAUAACCGUUCUGUGGUUCCUUAUAACCUUGAACUACUUUUUAAGUACCAAGCACAUAUAAAUGUUGAAUGGUAUAAUCGCAGUACUUCGAUCAAGUACUUAUUUAAGUAUAUCAACAAAGGUUACGACAGAAUAACGACUGCCAUAGUUCCACAACAGAACGAAGCAAAUUUGAAUACACAACUAGUAGAUGAAAUCAAACAAUAUCUGGACUGUAGAUACGUAUCUCCAUGCGAGGCAUGUUGGAGAAUAUUUUCGUUCCCCAUUCAUGGACGAAAUCUAGCAGUAGAAAGGUUAUUUUUUCAUCUACCGGGAGAACAGACAGUGUACUUUAAGGAUGAUGACGAAAUGGAUGAUAUUGUGGGAAAAUCAACAGUUUCAGAAUCAAUGUUUACAGGUUGGAUGAAAUGUAAUAAGAAAUAUGCAGAAGCCAGAAAGCUAACAUAUGCUGAAUUCGUUUCCAAAUUUGUUUAUGUAAAGAAAGAUAGAUGUUGGAAACCAAGGAAAACAGGAAAUACUAUUGGAAGGCUAAUUUGGGUACCUCUAAGUACUGGUGAAGUGUUUUAUCUUAGAAGAAUGCUAACACAUGUAAAAGGUGCAACAUCGUACAUAGAUAUCAGAACAGUUAACAAUGUAACAUAUUCUACAUUUAGAGAAGCUUGCUUAGCUCUAGGAAUUUUAACAGAUGAUACAAAAUAUGUUGAAGCUAUAAGAGAAGCAAAAGAUUGGGGUUUCGGACAUUAUCUUAGAAAACUAUUCGUUACUAUAUUGUUGUCGAAUAGUGUUAAUCAUCCAGAAGAUCUAUGGAACAAAACAUGGGAGUGGCUUGCAGGUGGAAUUUUGUAUUGCGAGAGAAAUAUUUCCGGAAUUGAAGGUGAACAAAAGCAAAUUUUUGAAAAGAUUAGUAAGGUCGUUCUAAAUAAACAAGGAGGAGUAUUCUUUCUAUAUGGAUAUGGUGGAACUGGAAAAACUUUCAUGUGGAGAACACUGUCAGCAGCAUUUCGUUCUGAAGGAAAAAUUGUAUUGACAGUUGCUUCAAGUGGAAUAGCUUCUCUAUUACUACUAGGAGGACGAACAACACAUUCUAAAUUUAAGAUACCAGUACCAACAUUAGAUAAUUCAGUUUGUAAUAUCGAACAAGGAUUUGAAGCUUCAGAGUUGUUAAAGAAAGUUGAACUUAUUAUUUGGGACGAAGCUCCAAUGGCACACAAAUAUUGUUUUGAAGCAUUAGAUAGAACUUUGAAUGACAUAAUGAGUGGUAUGACGAAAGAGAAUGCUGUUUUUGGUGGAAAAGUGAUAGUAUUCGGAGGUGACUUUAGGCAAAUCCUUCUUGUUAUCCCUGGAGGUAGCAGGUCCGAUAUUGUAAAUUCCACAAUUAAUUCAUCUUAUCUUUGGGAUCACUGUGAAGUUCUAACAUUGACAAAAAAUAUGUGUCUGCUACAACGAGGUUUACAAAGUAGUACUGCAUCCGAGAUUCAGGAAUUCUCGGAUUGGAUUGUUAAAAUUGGUGAUGGAGAAGAAAAAGAAUAUCUUAGCUCUGAUUCAGUGGAUGAAUCCACUUCAAGUGAUGCUUAUAGCAAUAUCACCUCUGAGUUUCUAAAUUCACUUAGUAUGUCUGGACUUCCUAAUCAUAAGAUCAAACUAAAGAUUGGAGUACCUAUAAUGCUUUUGAGAAACUUGGACCAAGCUACAGGAUUAUGCAAUGGAAGCAGAUUGAUCGUGACCAGACUUGCAAACCAUGUCAUAGGUGCUAAAUUGAUAACAGGUAACAAGGAUGGACAAGAAAUUUAUAUUCCUCGAAUGUCAAUGUCUCCGUCCUAG